AUGGCGUCGACUGGGCCGCCGCCUGACGGCCAAAAUGAGGUGCCGAUUGCGAAGCUAGAUAAUUUGAUCACCAAUAUGGAGGAGCAGAAUCUUACAUCAGACCCGCGCUACCUCAAAACACAACAGCUGCGUGCUAAGCUAGCAGGUGGACCUUUACCGGAAAUUCCACCGGUGCAGGCUGCGGAUGCGGGGGCUAAAGAAGAAUUGGCCCCAAAUCAGCUCAAUCAGUUGAGAGCUCAGGUCAACAUAUAUCGACUUCUGGCUCGUAACGAGGCAAUCCCUUCGGACCUAGUUUCACAGGCUGUUCUGCCGCGAAGUAAACCGGCUUCAGCGUUGCCGGAGGCUUAUGAGUACCCUAUGGAAGGCGAAAAUGGUGAAAAGCUGCCAUACGACUUGAUGUGGGUAUUGCAAACGCACGUCAAGCGAUCUUCCAGCCGGUCUUCCACACUACCGAUUCCAUGCGGCAUUGAUCCGGAAACGAUAUUUAAAGAGCGGGAGUAUAGAAUCCAAAAUCGCAUUGGGCAUCGCAUACAAGAGCUGACGAACCUCCCGGCCGACCUGCCGGCCCAGUUACGGGAUAAAUGCGAGAUCGAACUGCGAUCUUUGCGCUUGGUCAACCUUCAAACACACUUGCGAACGGAAGUGAUGGGCGUGUUAAAGAAGGAAACGACUUUGGAGACGGCCCUAAACCCCUAUGCGUACCGGCGAACGAAGCGGCAAACGCUACGCGAAGCGCGCGUCACUGAAAAGCUGGAGAAGCAGCAAAAGAUGGAGGUCGAGAAGAAACGACGGCAGAAGCACACUGAGCUGCUCAAUGAGAUCCAACAAGCAGCUCGUGAAUUCAAGGAGUUCCAUAGAUCAACGCUGCUUCAGAGGAAAAACGUCAAACGAGCCGUCGAAACAUACUUCUUAAACAGUGAGCGGCAAAAGAAGGCCGAUGAGAUCAAAAAUGAGAAACUUCGUAUGCAAAAACUGAUGCAAGAAGACGAAGAAGGCUAUCGACAGUUGCUCGACGAGAAAAAGGAUAAACGUCUCGUGCACCUCUUGAAACAGACGGACGAGUUUAUGGAAAAGCUGACCAGCCUUGUAAAGCAGCAUCAAAAUACCGAGAAGCAGAAGAAGAAGGUCGAGCGAAAGAUGGAGAAGAGCAGAGAGAUCGUGAUGCACGUGCACAUAAGAAAUUUGGCCACUGGAAAGCUGUUGCCUUUGGAGGAUUGUCCGAGUCCGGACGAGAUCGAUACUUGGUUAGAAACCCAUCCCGGCCACGAGAUUGUUCCGCGUGAUCAAAUUUCCGAUGAGAGUGAAGAGGAGUGCGAUGAAGACGUGAAGCCGGAUAAGAAUGAGGGAGUUGUGGAUGAGAUGGAAGGACUUACUGAGGAAGAGAAAGCUAAACGAAUCUUGGACAAGGCGCGGAACGAGGAAGAUGAAUUGGACCCGAAAGAAAAGAAACAAAUGGCCGACUACUACGCGACCGCUCAUCGUAACAAGGAGUUUAUCGACAAACAGCAUUCAACAAUGGGCGGCGGGGAUGAAACUCUGAAGCUGAAGCCUUAUCAAAUCAAGGGAUUAGAAUGGUUGGUGUCGCUAUACAACAACAAUCUGAAUGGUAUCUUGGCGGAUGAGAUGGGUCUCGGCAAGACUAUUCAAACCGUGGCGCUCAUCACCUACCUGAUGGAGGUCAAGAACAACAAUGGCCCCUAUCUGGUCAUCGUCCCGCUUUCCACAGUCGCCAAUUGGGACCUGGAGUUUGAGAAGUGGGCUCCACAUGUGAAGCGCAUUCUCUACAAGGGAGACAAAGAUGCCCGCCGCCGGUUGGAUGCGCAAGUACGUAGGGCGUCGUUCAAUGUCUUGCUAACAACCUACGAAUACGUCCUGCGCGAGAAGGCAUCGCUUGGAAAAGUGCGCUGGAAGUAUAUGAUCAUUGAUGAGGGGCAUCGUAUGAAGAACCACACCAACAAGCUCACCCUCACUCUCAACGGCUUCUUCCAUGCCCAGCACCGUGUCCUCCUUACCGGUACCCCAUUGCAAAACAAGUUGCCUGAGCUCUGGGCCCUACUGAACUUCUUGUUGCCCACGAUCUUCAGUUCAUGCGUCACUUUCGAACAAUGGUUCAAUGCGCCAUUUGCCACAACUGGGGAAAAGAUGGAGCUGAACCCAGAAGAGUCUAUGCUGAUCAUUCGUCGUUUGCACAAAGUAUUGAGACCCUUCCUUCUACGCCGUCUCAAGAAAGAGGUGGAAUCCGAGCUACCGGACAAGACUGAAUAUGUCAUCAAAUGCGACAUGUCGGCACUUCAGAAAGUAUUGUAUCAGCACUUGAAGAAGGGUCUUCUAAUUGACACUAACCGUCAGCAAGGAGGCAAGACGCUGAUGAACAGAAUUAUGCAGCUGAAGAAGCUUUGUAACCAUCCUUUCAUCUUCGAUAACGUUGAGGACAGCUGUAGGAAAUUCUGGAAAGUGCCGGAAGUGUCGUUCCAAGAUUUGAUUCGCGUUGCCGGCAAGUUCGAACUCCUCGAUCGUAUUCUCCCGAAAAUGAAGGCAUCGGGUCAUCGCGUCCUCAUCUUUUCGCAGAUGACAAAUUUGCUAACUAUUUUGGAGGAUUUCUUUUCGGCACGCGGCUGGAAGUAUCUUCGGCUUGAUGGUAAUACCAAAUCCGAUGAUCGUGGAGAGCUGGUGAAGCUUUUCAACGCGGCCGACUCCGAAUACUUCGUCUUCAUGCUGUCCACACGCUCCGGAGGUCUCGGGCUGAAUCUUCAGACAGCUGAUACGGUCAUCAUCUAUGAUUCCGACUGGAAUCCUCACCAGGACAUGCAAGCUCAAGAUCGCGCCCAUCGUAUCGGGCAAAAGAAGGAGGUGCGCGUGCUGCGCCUGGUGACAGCGAAUUCGGUGGAGGAAGAAAUCCUGGCCGUCGCGCGUGGAAAGUUGAAUGUUGAUGGAAAGGUCAUCCAAGCCGGAAAGUUCAACCAGAACUCGACAGAGGGGGAACGUCGUCGCUUGUUGGAGCAAUACAUUCAGCAAGAACAGGAAGAGAACGAUGAAGAUGAGAUCCCAGAUGACGAGAUGGUUAACCAGCUUAUUUGCCGUUCCGAGGACGAGUUCACGCUGUUCCAAAAUAUGGACAUUGAUCGCCGGCGGGAGGAGGCGGGCCAGCUGCACAGGAAGCCUCGUUUGCUCGAGGCGAACGAAAUUCCGGAAGAUAUUUUGAAGGCCGCCGAACGAUUUGAUGAAAUGGAACGGGCUGAACAAGAAGGUGUAUCCAUGGAUAUUGACAACGCCGGCGAUGGUCGUCGAAAGAGAAAGACGGUUGACUACUCAAUCGAUUCGAUGCCCGAAAGCGAAUGGCUGAAGCAAAUGGAAGAGCACACGGAUGAUGAGGAAGAGCAAGCGCCGAAGAAGAGGGGUCGUGGGAAGAGGAAGCGCGACGAGGAGCAGGACGACGAGGCAGAUGAUGGAAAGAAGAGGCGCAAGCCUUCUGCUGAAGUGCUGAAUCUUCUGAACAAGGCAUAUGCUGCGGCGACAGAAUACAAGACCAGUGAUGGAACUCUGCUCUCUGAGUAUUUCCUGGAGCUGCCGGCGAAGCGUGAUUACCCCGAUUAUUAUGAGGUAAUCGACCAUCCGAUGGCGUUCAGCCGGAUCCGGAAGAAUAUCGAUGUUGGGCGUUAUGCCUCUAUCGAAGAAAUGGCCGAUGAUGUCUUCCUGCUGGUGGAAAAUGCCAAGAAGUACAAUGUGGAGGAUAGCGACGUGUACACCAGUGCUAUCCUACUAGAGGCCGUCUGGAAGCGGCUAACGAACACUGUUCCCAAGUCCGAGAGGGACGAAAAUACGGCCGGAGUCGAGCCAUCAAGCCACGAAGGUUCAAGGAUGGAUGAUGACAACAGCCGUAUGUCCGUUGGCAGCUCUACUCCAGCCAAAGAGGGACGUCGCAAGAGCAAGCAGCGCGCUGUCGUGGAAUCGGACCACGACUCCGAA